GGUAGAAGGUUCAGGAUGGUUCAGGAUGUACAUUGCCAGCCUCCCAGCUUUGCAAAGCCAACUCCUUCAACAUGCAACUGUGAGGGGAAGGGGUGGAGUCCACUGGAGGUGACAACUAGAAUUUUUUUCAACAUAGGACAAGGACCGUAUUACAAGCCUCAACUCAAUAAUAUCUGGAGGAGACACACCAAAACUCACCCUGCAAGAUCCUGCUGUACUGACUGCAUCAGGAGGACAUUUCAUCUCCUGGAGGCUGCUAUCCAUCAUUUGUUCCUAGGGACAUCAACAGAGAUUGGUGUGAAGAAAAUUUUUCAGGCUAAGGUACCUGCCAAGAUGAUCCACUUGCAGGGACCACAGAUGCUGAAGAUGCUAGAGAAAUCCUUGAGGAAGAGCCUCCCUGAAGCCUUAAAGGUUUAUGGAACUGUCUUCCACAUGAACCAAGGAAAUCCAUUCAAUCUAAAGGCCCUGGUGGACAAGUGGCCUGAUUUUGAAACAGUGGUUAUCCGCCCUCAGGAACAGGAGAUGACAGAUGACCUUGAUCAUUACACCAAUACUUACCAAAUUUAUUCUAAGAACCCCAAGAAAUGUCAGGAAUUCCUUGGCUUACCAGAAGUCAUCAACUGGAAACAGCAUUUGCAGAUUCAAAGUUCACAGUCCAGCCUGUAUACAGCAAUACAAAAUCUUGCAGCCAUUAAUUCUGGCAAGGUCAAGCAAACACAAAAUAUUCUCUAUGCAACAGUCAAGACAGCGAAGGAGUUGAUCCCUUCGAUGCUGGAUACGAAGAACGUACCCAACUCGGUCAAACUGAAGUCCAUCAACCAAGAGAUGUUUAAAUACUCAUCCCUGGAUGUUACCCAUGCUGCCUUGGUGAAUAAAUUCUGGCUUUUUGGUGGCAAUGAGAAAAGCCAGAGAUUCAUCGAGCACUGUCUCCAGGCCUUCCCCAGCUUCUGUCUGCUGGGGGCUGAGGGGACCCCUGUGUGCUGGUCUCUGAUGGACCAGACUGGAGAGACCCGGAUGGCAGCCACCGUGCCGGAGUACCGAAACCAGGGUCUCGUCGCCCAUAUCCUCUAUACCCAGGUGCAGGCUCUGGAAAAACUUGGCUUCCCUGUGUAUUCCCAUGUGGCUAAGGACAACCACUUCAUGCAAAGAGCUAACAAAAAUACCAGUAUCCCCCUUCCCUGUGAUUGGAACCAGUGGAACUAUGUGCCUCUGUAAAGCUGGCCCAGAAAGUAAGACAGUGUUGAGUGGGUUGUACAGGUGGCUGGAGCAGUGGAUGGUGGAUAGACAGAAAGAAUAAAUAUAAUGGAGUGUAAUCUGAGCUCUGCGAAACAACUAUGACAAGCAAACAGGACAGCCUUGGUCCUUGUUCUGAAACAGCUUCUGGACUUCCCGUAGUCUACUCAGUAUGAAGCAGGCCAGACACUCCAGCUGCCACAUUUCAAGGAUCCUUGUGAUUCUCUCUAAUCAGUUGCAUGCUUUUCUGUGUUGCUCUUCCUACAACUCCUAGCUCAUUGGCCCUUGUCCUUUCACCAGGAGGUGGGUUCUAUGAGCUUUCCCUAUGGCUUUCCUUUUAUUGACUGGAGAGUAGCCAGUGUUCUAAAUAAGCCUUUGCAAAAUCUUUCUUUCCCAGGUCAUUUCCUAAGCCUCAUAUUAUAAUCCCAUGAAAUAUAUUACACAUACACACGUCUACACACACACUAUAUAUAAAUGUAUAUAUAUACAAAUACAUACAUAUGUAUGUGAUAUAACAGGGAGAAUUAUUAAAAAGACUAACUGGUAUUAAUAUCUUCUUUUGAGCUCAUACCCCAUGAAAGAGAUAGCAGCAUUGCUUCUAAAGGCUGAGCUUUCUUAAUUCCCCUCCCCAAGUACCCUUAUAAUAAAGACACUGUUUGGUUGUGAAA